CGAGAAAGGAAAACCCAAAUAGGAAAAUAUCUGUUAGCGGUGGGCUUGAGUUGUUACACACUGGUCAUAUGGAAUUGGCGUACAUCUAAACUCUCUUUAGUAUUCCUUAUCGGUUGGAGAGGAGAACAAAAUAUUCCUUAUAAGGGUGUGGAAACCUCUCCUUAGUAGAUGCGUUUGGGUUGAGAUCGGAGGUUCAACCUCCGACAUUGUCUUUAUUAUUAUUGAGUUAUGUUCAUGUUGACACCGUUGUUAGGGACAUCUUGGUUUCGAAUUAUCAUUAUGUUUUAGUUAAUGGAAAAAGGUUGAAAACAAUCUUGUACCAUCCACUUUGUGAGAUCUUACCUUGAUUGGAGAGGAGAACAAAAUAUUCGUUAUAAGGGUGUAGAAACCUUGAGGGAAAGCCGAGAAGGGAAAACCCAAAUAGGACAAUAUCUGUUAGCGGUAGGCUUGGGUUGUUAUACAUUCGUCAUAUGGAAUUGGCGUACAUCUAAACUCUUGAGGCUCUUUCUUAAAAUUUCAAUUAAUUUCUCUGAUUCUUCUUCACGAGCUUGCAGUUAAUGCUCUCACGUCCAUAUCAUGAGUACUAACAUGAUGGGACGUUCAAUAAAGAAACGUCUGCAACUUAGGUGUAUAAUCAGUUUGUGUUCUUAGUUAGCGAUUUCAAAAUUUCAAAAUUUUAGAAUUAUUGUUCAAAUACAAAACUUCAUUUGGAAAAAAUAUUGGUUACUUAAUUGAAUUAAAAAAAAAAAAAAAUCAAUUGAAAGGCUUAUGGGAUAUGGGCCUCUGAAGCCCACCAACCAUCUAUCGGUCUUAGUGUCUGUCAUAGAAUACCAAAAGGCCCAAUUUAGAAUUCUGACUCCCCCUGUUCCUUCGGCACUGUAUCAUCUUCUUCGGAAUCAGACCCAAAAGGGGUCUUCCUCUUUCGCAUUGUGUGCUCUGUUAUCGACUAGUAAUGGCAGUCUCUUCUGCUCAGUUUCUUCAACCUCAGAUUAAUGUUUCCCAGCCUUCUCUCAGCGUUGCGACGAAGGUUUUCUCGGGACUAAAGCUUCAAUCUGCUAGUCCAUUCGGAGGAGCAAAACCUAAUAUAACUGCUGAAUUCUAUGGAAAAGUUCAUAAAAGUUUUACAAGCCAGUAUCGAGAACGAGUUGUCUUCAUUGGGCAAAACAUUGAUGAAGAGUUUAGCAAUCAAAUUUUGGCCACAAUAAUUGAAACUUCCAAAAAACUCUAUAUGUACAUAUUUUGGCCCAGGUGGAGAUGUGAGUUCAGCAUAUACAUAUCUUUUAUUGGGACAAGGUUCUUCCUAACUCCAAGUAUGGCCAUCUACGACACAAUGCAGAGCUUGCAGAGUCCUGUAGCUACCCAUUGCGUGGGUUAUGCCUAUAAUCUGGCAGUCUUUCUUUUAGCAGCUGGAGAAAAGGGUAACCGCUCUGCCAUGCCUCUAUCAAGAAUUGCUUUGCAACCCCCUUCCGGAGCUGCACGUGGCCAGACUGAUGAAAUUCGAAAUGAAGCAAAUGAGCUCUUGAGAAUCAGGGAUUAUCUUUAUGAUGAGCUUUCCAAAAAAACAGGCCAGCCUGUUGAAAAGAUUAACAAGGACAUGAAUCGAAUGAAGCGAUUUACUGCUCAGCAAGCUCUUGAUUAUGGACUCAUAGACCGUAUAGUUAGGCCACCUCGCAUUAAGGCUGAUGCACCUCGCAAGGAUUCUGGAACAGGGCUUGGUUAGAGUUAAACCAAAAGUUCACAUGCUGUUCUUAGGCUCACAUGGAGCACACAACUAAUUAAUUAUAGUUUAUGUCUGAAAGUUCAUAUCUUGUUAAGUGGGUUGAGAUUGAAAUCGGAAUGCAAUCAAUGAGAAUGAGAAUACUAUAUCUUUUGAUGUUGUUUACGAGGUGUUGCUUUAAUAUAUCUAGAAUUGGAAUGGUAA